AUGAUCCAUACAGCUAGUUUAAUACACGAUGAUGUUGUUGAUUCAAGUGAUAGACGGCGCGGUAAAAAAGCAGCAGCUACCAAAUGGGGACCACGGAAGGCUGUACUUGCCGGCGAUUAUAUUCUUGGUACCGCUUCAGUUAUGCUAGCACGUAUUGGGAAUCCGGAUGUCACUCUGAAUACGAGAGAAAGUGACGAUGAACAAUUUCAAGAUUAUUUAAAUAAAACCUAUUGUAAAACAGCGAGUUUAUUUGCCAAUUCUUGCAAAGCGGUUGCGCUUUUAUCAGCAUCACAAAAAUAUGCUGAUAUUGCCUUUGAUUUUGGGCGUAAUUUUGGUAUGGCCUUUCAAUUAAUCGAUGAUCUUCUCGAUGUGACAUCAACCGCUGACGUUCUUGGAAAACCAACAACAGCCGAUCUCAAACUUGGCCUUUCAACGGCACCCGUACUAUUUGCUAGUCAACAGUAUCCCGAACUACAAAGUCUUAUAUUGAGACGUUUCUCCGAACCCGAUGAUAUUGAGAAAGCAUUAUAUUUACUAGAUCAAGUAAUGAGUGAUGGCAAAUCUCGAACAUACCAGUUAGCUGAACAGUAUGCAAAUGAAGCUAUUAGACAAUUAAAUGUGUUAACACCAACAAGCCAGUUCAUUGACCUUUUAAUUCACUUAACUAAGACGAUGUUGAAACGUUGUCGGUAG